CGGGGCCGCGCGCGCCCUGCGUUUGCGGAGACCGUAUGCCUUCUCAGAAUGCCGGACUUUCCCAGGAGGAGAAAGAGAUGGAUGCAGGAAUACCGAAAGUCAGGACCCAGGGAUCCGUGACAUUCCAGGACGUCGCUGUGGACUUCACUCAGGAGGAGUGGGAGCAGCUGGAACCUGCUCAGAAGAGCCUGUACCGAGACGUGACGCUGGAAAACUACAGGAACCUGGCUGCCCUAGGGCAUCAACUUUAUAAGCCCAAGGUGAUCACUCGAUUGGAACAAGAGGAACAGUGGAUGAUGGAAAGUAAGAACCCUCCAGACACCCAUCAAGAUGGGGAGAAUAGACCUGAAAUCAAAAAGUCUGCAUCAAACCAGAAUGUUACUAAUGAAAAGCAGACCCAUAACAUAAUGGAGAGACUAAAAGGAGACAGUUUCUGGCUCUCGAUCUUGGGAGGACUCUGGGAUUUUGAUUACCAUCUAGAGCUGGAUCAAGAAAACCAGCAGAGACAUUUGGAACAAGCAUCUUUCACCCACAGAAAGAUCACUCAGGAGAGAAGCCUUGAAUGUAAUAAACUUGGGGAAAACUAUAACCUGAAUUCAAACGGUAUUAUAUAUCAGCAAAUUCCUUCUGAAAGCCAAGUAAAUAGGAUUAAACCUAAUUCCAAUGUGAUGUACUAUCAGGUAAACUAUGUCAGGGAGAAUCCCUGUGAAUAUAGGAAAUGUGAGAAAAACUUCAAUCAGCAUCUUCCAAGUAGUCAUAUUCUCACUGCAGAAAAGCCCAGUGAAUGUGGGAAGGCCUUCCACUGCAACUCAUCUCUAACUCAACCUCAAAUAACCCUGACAGGAGAGAAGCCCUAUAAGUGUGAAGAAUGUGGGAAGAGGUUCAGCCAGAGGAUACAUCUCAUCCAACAUCAAAGAAUCCACACAGGUGAAAAACCCUUUAUCUGCAACGAAUGCGGGAAAGCUUUCCGGCAACAUUCAUCAUUUACGCAACAUCUGAGAAUUCACACAGGAGAGAAGCCCUAUAAGUGCAAUCAGUGUGGUAAAGCCUUCAGCCGCAUCACAUCCCUUACUGAGCAUUAUAGACUUCACACUGGAGAGAAACCUUAUGAAUGUAGUUUUUGUGGGAAAGCCUUCAGUCAGAAGACACACCUUAAUCAGCAUGAAAGGACUCACACAGGAGAGAAGCCCUAUAAGUGCAAUGAGUGUGGGAAAGCCUUCAGCCAGAGUGCACACCUUAAUCAACACAGGAAAAUCCAUACUCGGGAGAAACUGUGUGCAUACAAUAAAUGUGAGAAAGCCUUAAGCCACCUUCCUUCACUUAUUCAGCAGCACCUGACUCCUGGUGGGAAAGUCAUAUGAAUCUAUUAAAUGUCGGACAUUUUCUAGGCAGGCCUUUUCUUCCCAUUCAUGAUCAUUCAUGAAGAGAAAGCUUGUAAAUGAACUCAUCAAAGCCAAAUAAACUUAGACAUUAAACUAUUAAUAUAUUAUAGCCCCUGAAGUGUGAGGUCCAGCUUCAAGACCCAAAGGGUCCUGAGGAGCAGCUGGCUUUGCAGUUCAGGGAAAACAGACAGAGUCUGAAGGGUGCUCACCUUUCCAGAAGUUAGGAACAAGAAAGAGACCAAAUGUAUUUUCCAACAGACUUACAUAGUCUUAGCCUUAAGACUAUGUAUGCAGGUCCUGUCAAUCAAACGUAACAAGGUGGGAAGUGUCUUAACCUAGAUGUCCCUGAGCUCAUUUUGGGGGAGUAACCCAAGACCAGUACUGAGGGUAGGCAGAGGGGAGUCAACAGCCCUUUAAGCGAACAGAACAAUAGGACUUGUUUGUUCUUAGAGACAGCAUUCAGCUGCAUAGAGAGCAGCCGUGUGCUUGUAAUGGGCAUCUUUAAAGUAGCACUAUGAUGGGGUUAUAGUGUGGGGAUGAUUUUUAGUAUGGAGAUUGUGGCUGGGAGUCAUCUCUAUCUCACAACUGUGAGGCCACUAGUGUUGGCCUUCAGGACUCUUAAUUGUGAGCAUGGAGAAUUUGGCUGCAUACAUUCUCUUCCUGGUCCUCAGUUUCCCACACCAAAGAGUUAAAAAUGAUAAAGAUAAUUUGCAAGCAAGAUUAUGAUAGAAAUCAUAUUCCAAAACUUAAACAAAGUUAAUUAAAUUAGUCUGUAAUUACUCGCCUCCAGCGUUAUGAUAUAAAGCUUUUAAACUGUAUAAAUUUUGAUUUAUCAAGGCCAUGCUGUAGUAUAACCAGUCAUAGAAAUUUGAAAUAAACAUGAACAAGCAGUGUUACUCAAAUGUCAAUCAGUUUUCUGCCUUUACCCCUUUGACUAUGUUAGUUAUUAAUGUUUUUCUUUAAAGGAAUUUGGGAUUUUUAGCCUUUUCCUAAAAAUUAUUUUUUACUGAAAUCAUUCAUUUCAUAUGCUAAUCUGUUCUAAUAUAUAUACAGUUGGAAAUUAAA